AGGCCCGAAACGUCAGCUUUUGUGCUCCUGAGAUGCUGCUUGGCCUGCUGUGUUCAUCCAGCCUCACAUUUUAUUAUCUUGGAAUCUCCAGCAUCUGCAGUCCCCAUUAUCUCUGUUUCUCUCUCCACGGCUGUUGUCAGCCUGGCGAGCUUCUCCAGCAUCCCCCAUUUGUUAGAGAAAUACAUUUGUCUAGCUUCCAUCUUUUCUGAAGAAGGUAAAGUCGAGAAAGCAGGGCGCCGGGUGAAGACAAUUUGAAAUGAAUCGUCGCCUUGUACCUUCCUCCUCGGUUCCGCGUUCUAUGCUCAAGGCUGAGAGCUCAAAGUUCCAUUGUUUGUAGUAACCGAGUGAGUUGCUAUGGGAGCGGUGGACAGCCCUGUUAUUGACACUUUGAGAACAGAAACGACGAGAUCAAAACCAUUCACAGCAGGAGCGAUGGCUGCGGCACCAACACGUGCCUCUUGAAUAAGUGUAACGUUGACCUCCGGUCAGAUUGAAAGCAGCACAAUAUUGCACCCUCUGGCCAUCAGCCGAAUGGAUUUUCUUUGCUAAAAGAGUGAUUACGCCAAAAAUAAAACAAGUUCAACGACGCAGGAUGGAUGUGCCCGAACACCUUAAGCCCACUCUCAAGUUUCAAUAAUUGUACUCAUUCUUACAUAGGUUAAAAAACAAACCUCAGAAUGGAGAUGUAUGAGAAUUUAGGACUGGUGGGAGAGGGCACUUAUGGAUCAGUAAUGAAAUGCAGGCACAGAGAGACAGGACAAAUAGUUGCAAUCAAACGAUUUCAAGAACGAGAAGAUGACCGACUGGUAAAGAAAAUUGCUGUAAGAGAAAUACGAUUUCUGAAGCAAUUUAGGCAUGAAAAUCUGGUAAACCUUAUCGAAGUGUUCAAGCAAAAGAAACGUUUAUUCUUAGUGUUUGAGUUUGUGGAUCACACUGUUCUGGAUGAUUUGGAACGGUUUCCAAAUGGAUUGGAGAGUAAAAAGCUCAGAAAGUGUCUUAUUCAGGUAUUAAGAGCCACGGAGUAUCUACACAAGAACAACAUAAUUCAUCGUGAUAUCAAACCUGAGAAUGUCCUGAUCUCAGGGUCUGGUGUUGUCAAACUAUGUGAUUUUGGAUUUGCCCGUUCAUUGGCUGCACCAGGAGAGCCUUACACAGAAUAUGUCGCCACUCGCUGGUACAGAGCUCCAGAGUUAGUAGUCGGUGACACCAAAUACGGCAAACCUGUAGAUGUUUGGGCAUUUGGAUGCAUGAGUAUUGAAAUGGCAACAGGAAAUCCGUACCUGCCAGGAAACUCUGACUUAGAUCAGAUCCACAAGAUAGUAACACAAGUGGGAAAUUUAACACCACGCCUCAAGAGUCUUUUCAGCAAAAAUCCUACAUUUGCUGGGGUAUGCCUACCGGAUGUCCAAAGACCUGAAUCACCAGAGAAAAGACUGUUAAGGUGUAAUCCUUUGUUGACUGUGCUGGUAAAGAAAUGCUUACAAAUGGACCCGGACAAGAGAUCGUCAUGCACUGAGCUGCUGAAAGCUGAAUAUUUCACAGCAGAUGGAUUCUCAGAGAAAUUUAUACCAGAGAUUCAAGCUCAAGUUCUUAAGGAUAUGAAAGAUAAUCCACUUUUAGUCAGAAAACGUAAAAACAUCAGCAAAGAAAUUAUUGAAUGUGAAAAAGCAAUGUUAACUGUCAAACAAGGUGCUAAAAAGCAUGGAAAGGAUGUCACAAAGGACAAGGAGCCUAAAAGCAGGAAAUACCAACGGAAGAGCGUAAAAGCAGAAACAACAAAGGCCGAAAAAGUGGACAAUCCAAUUGUAUGGAAAUCCUCUCUGAUGCCUCAAGAAGCCAUCCAGGGAAAUUCUUCAGAAGGAACUGAGGGGAAGCAUACAGGAACGGAAGGGAAGAAUACUAACUGUAAUAAAACAAAUUCAGCAGUCACUUCUGUCAGGGAUUUGAACAAUAGUGAGGAAGCUCUAAACUCUGCGACAGCAGCCAGCAUCCCUCCAAUUGGCAUGCAUAGUGGAAUGACUACUUCAGCAGUUUCCAGCAAAAAUAUCAGUACUGACACCAAUGAUACUUCAAUGUCAAACUCAAGGAUGCAAGAAAAGGCGAAGGUGAAAGCAAGCUUUUGUAGCAGCCAGGCAGCAGAAAUACUUGUAGCUCCAAGAGCCACUGGCUAAGCAAGCAUGUGGCGUUGUGAGGAUUGCUG